UCGCAACGGAAGCGAGCGAAGCAGCGCGAACGAGUAGCGAGACGUGUUCAGGUACGGGCGAAAGAGUGUUCGUCGCGCGAGGGCUUUCAUUGCGCGUGAAUGAAUGAUAUCCGAAGAUUCGGGGAGGCGAGCGACCGACACGGAGAAUCGUCUUCGGAGAGCGACGGAGUGUGGGGACCGACGGUGUCAGUGAUAUGCCAAUAAUUAGCGUUCACAGCCCCGAUGGACGUCCCGCGCUCGUAGAGCUAACCGUCGCCGCCGACGCCACGCCGAUCAGCGCAUUCUCAUCUCGAGAUCACUGAAGAAAUCGGGCAACGCAACAGAGCAGAAUGAGCACAGCGAUGGAGAACGGGGGGGCCGGCGACCGCGGCCAGAAGCAGAAGACCAUCGAGGGCAUCUACCAGAAGAAGUCCCAGUUGGAACAUAUCUUGCUGCGUCCGGACACCUAUAUCGGUUCCGUGGAGCCGAUAACCGAGAUGAUGUGGGUAUUCGACAAGGAGAAAGAGAUGAUGGUGCAGAAGGAUAUCAAGUAUGUUCCCGGGUUGUACAAAAUCUUUGACGAGAUUCUGGUGAACGCCGCUGAUAAUAAGCAACGCGAUCCUAAGAUGGAUAUGAUCAAGAUCGACAUCGAUUCUGAGAACAAUACUAUUUCCGUGUGGAACAACGGGAAGGGUAUCCCUGUGGUGAUACAUAAGGAAGAAAACAUGUAUGUACCUACUAUGAUAUUUGGCCACCUCUUGACAUCGUCAAACUACGACGAUGAGGAGGAGAAGGUGACUGGCGGUCGAAAUGGCUACGGCGCCAAAUUGUGCAAUAUCUUUAGCCAUCGUUUUACCGUUGAAACUGCGACAAAGGAGUAUAAGAAAUCCUUAAAGCAAACGUGGGGUAAUAAUAUGGGCAAAGCCAGCGAGCCCAGGAUCAAGGAGUACCACGGCGAGGAUUUCACUAAGGUCACGUUUUCCCCCGAUCUGUCAAAGUUCAAGAUGCAAUCACUGGACGAAGAUAUCGUAGCUCUCAUGUCCCGGAGAGCGUACGAUGUGGCCGCCUCCUCGAAAGGCGUCAAGGUUUACUUGAACGGCACACGAGUCCCGGUGAAGAACUUUAAGGAUUACGUUGACUUUUAUAUCAAGGGUAAAGAGGAUGACGCUGGUAAUCCGCUGAAAAUUAUAUACGAGCACUGCAACCCACGUUGGGAGGUGGCUAUUACCUUGUCCGACAAGGGGUUCCAGCAAAUGUCGUUCGUGAACAGUAUCGCCACGACGAAGGGCGGUAGACACGUCGAUCACGUGACGGAGUUGAUAGUUAAGCAGCUGAUCGAGACGCUGAAGAAGAAGAACAAGGCCGGCGUGACCAUCAAGCCGUUUCAAAUCAAGAAUCACCUGUGGGUCUUCAUUAACUGUCUCAUAAACAAUCCCACAUUCGACUCGCAGACUAAAGAGAACAUGACUCUGCAGGCGAAGAGCUUCGGCUCCAAGUGCGCAUUCACCGACAAGUUCAUCACCUCUGUCGGCAAAAUCGGUAUCGUGGAAGCGGUGUUGACCUGGGCGAAGUUCAAGGCCGACAGCCAGCUUCAGAAGUUAGGCCCCAAGUCAAAGCAAAGGAAACUUCAAGGUAUCCCCAAGUUGGAAGACGCCAACGAUGCGGGCACCGGCAAAUCAUUGGAAUGCACCCUCAUAUUAACAGAGGGAGACUCAGCCAAAACGAUGGCUGUGUCCGGUAUCGCUUCCAUUGGCAGAGACAAAUACGGCAUAUUUCCAUUGAGAGGUAAAAUGUUAAACGUGAGGGAAGCUACGCACAAGCAGAUCCUGGAGAACGCCGAGAUCAACAAUCUGAUCAAGAUCCUCGGUCUUCAGUACAAGAAGAAGUACGAGACUCGGGAAGAUCUGAAGACAUUGCGCUACGGAAAAAUGAUGAUCAUGACCGAUCAGGAUCAGGACGGUUCACAUAUCAAAGGUCUCCUAAUUAACUUCAUCCACCACAACUGGCCGUCAUUGCUGAAACUAAACUUCAUCGAAGAGUUCAUCACGCCUAUCGUCAAGGCCACCAAGGGCAGUCAGCAACUCUCAUUCUUCUCGCUGCCGGAAUUCGAGAUGUGGAAGAAGGAGACGGAAAAUUUUCACACGUACAAAAUCAAGUACUACAAAGGUUUGGGUACUUCCACUGCCAAGGAGGCAAAGGAGUACUUCGAGAACAUGGCCAGGCAUCGAAUACGUUUCCGGUACGACGGCGAACAGGACGACCAGAACAUCAUCAUGGCAUUCAGCAAGAAAUGCGUGGACCAGCGUAAGGACUGGCUGAUGAACCACAUGAACGAGACGAAGAGACGAAAGGAGAUCGGCCUCGGCGAGCGUUACCUUUACGAGAAGGACACGCGUGCUGUCUCCUUCUCAGACUUCGUCAACGUCGAGCUGGUGUUGUACAGCAAUUACGACAACGUCAGGUCCAUCCCGAACAUGAUAGACGGCUUCAAACCGGGCCAGAGGAAGGUGAUGUUCACCUGCCUGAAGCGCAACGACAAACGCGAGGUGAAAGUGGCGCAAUUGGCGGGUUCGGUCGCCGAACAUUCGGCGUACCAUCACGGCGAGACGUCCUUGAUGGCGACCAUAAUCAAUCUCGCGCAGAACUUCGUCGGCAGCAACAACAUCAAUCUGCUGCAGCCGAUCGGUCAGUUCGGCACUAGACUGACCGGAGGAAAGGACGCCGCCAGUCCGAGAUACAUCUUCACCAUGCUCAGUCCAUUGGCGAGGUACAUAUUCCACAAACACGACGACGCCCUGCUGAGACACGAGUACGACGACAAUCAAAAGAUCGAGCCGGUCUUCUACAUACCCGUGAUCCCAAUGGUGUUGGUGAACGGAGCCGACGGCAUCGGCACCGGCUGGAUGACGAAGAUCCCGAAUUACAAUCCGCGGGAGAUCAUCGAGAACUUGCAGAGGAUGAUGGACGGCGCCGAUCCGAGGCCCAUGAGUCCGUACUACAAGAACUUCAAAGGCGUCGUGGAGAGCUGCGGGGACUACCGUUACGUCAUCAGCGGGGAGAUAUCGGUGAUAGGGCCGGACAAGGUGGAGAUCACCGAGCUUCCCAUCGGGACGUGGACACAGACCUACAAGGAGACCGUGCUGGAACCUAUGUUGCACGGAACCGACAAAACGCCGGCCGUUAUCACAGACUACAAGGAAUAUAACACAGAUACAGCGGUGCACUUCAUAGUGAUACUGAACCGCGACAAAUUGCUGGAGCUGGAGAAGGACGGUCUUCAUAAGGCGUUCAAGAUCCAAACGACGACGACAAUAACGUCCAUGUGCGCAUUCGACGAGAACCAAUGCCUGAACAAGUACGACAGCGUGAUGCAGAUAAUGAAGGUCUUCUUCAAAGUACGAAUGGACACGUAUCACAAGAGGAAAGACUACAUGGAGGGGGUUCUGCAAGCGGAGGCGGCGAAGCUGUCGAAUCAGGCGCGCUUCAUCCUGGAGAAGUGCGACGGCACCUUGGUGAUCGAGAACAAGAAGAAGAAGGACAUGAUCGCGGAAUUGGUCAGGCGCAAUUACGAGUCGGACCCGGUGGUGGCGUGGAAGAUGUCGCAGAACCGGGAGCAAGUGCUGGAGGAUCAAGAGGAGGUCGCGGAGAACGACAACGAGAACGACAACGAGAACGCCGCGACUGCGAGCGCGAUGGAGAAGGAGAAUUUCGACUACCUCCUCGGAAUGACGAUGUGGACCCUGACGAAGGAGAAGAAGGACGAUUUGCUGCGACAACGGGACGAGAAGGUGGCGGAGCUGAAGAGACUACAAGCUCGUACGCCGAUCUCUUUGUGGAAAGAGGAUCUGGACAAUUUGCUGAACGAGUUGGACAAGCUGGAAGAGAAGGAACGGAAGGAAGAGAAUAAAUCGAAGCAAGCCGUCAAGAAGCCGCCCCAGAAGUUCUACAAAGUGGAAGAUACCCGUCGCAUAAUUCCCGUCAUCGAUGUUGAGCUGAAGAAGAAGAUCGAAAAGGCCGACAUCGUGUCAAAGGACAAGAAAGAAGGCAUAAAGAAGCCGCGGGGGAAGAAAGAGCCGAUUUCGCCGGAGGAGAAGGACGAGUUCGACACGUUAGCCGAUAAUGCGAAGACGCUCGACGACAGACUUGGAAAUUCUCCGGAAAAGAUGGAGAAAAAGGCCGGGAAGAAAGGUAUGAAGCAAACGACGUUGUCAUUUAAGCCGAUCAAGAAGGAGAGCAAGAAAAAAGAUAAGCAUUCGGACGACAGCGACGACAACAUUGACUUCGACAGCAUCUCUGAUACGCCACUUCCGACACGCACGACUCGCAGAGUCACAGUCAAGAAGAAUUACACCAUGAGCAGUGAGGAAUCAAGCGACAGUGGCGAGAUGUUCAGUCUUUCCGAUUCCGAGCAAACAAACAAGCAAAAAGUUUUAGUACUGAGUGAUUCGGACGACAAUUUUAAACCCGCCAAGAAACCGCCCCAACCGACACCGAGUUCAGAGGAGCUUUUCGACUCGUUGGUCGGCAAUUCCUCCCCGGAGAAGCAAACGAAGCCCACAAUAACCUCAUCCGGCGAAGAGUCGCCGGCGAAGUUCACACCGCCUAAGAAAGCGCCAGCGAAGAAGAAGACUGAGAAUGGCGGUGGCAAAGCGACCAAGAGGCAAACGAAGAAGAAAUCAAAAUCGUCGGACUCCGAGACGGACGACCUAUUCUCCAAUAAACAGAUUCCCUCCAAGAAGAGGAAGAAGAAAUCCGAUUCCGAAGACGACGCUGCAACCGACGAUUCGCCGAUCCCGCCGCCCCGGAAAACCGCCGGCCGGAUACGCAAGCCGGUGUCCUACGCGGUGAAGUCGGACGACUCCGAUUCCGAUUGAACUGUUUCCCUUGUAUCUCGUGCUGUGAAAGUGCCAGAGACGGUGCAAUUAACGUAAGGUUCUUAGUCCCUCGCUACGAUCGUCUUGUUCGAUCCGACGACGAAACAAGCGAGGAAACGCGUGAAUUCUUACCUGGUACUUUCGAAUCGAAAGCAUAUGGCUUCUUCGUGGAAGGUCCUCUCCGUAUAUUUCGGGCGGAAAGGAGAAAGAGAAAGGAACACAAGCAGAGAAGUACAAACGUGAAUGCGCACGGCGCGCACGACGUUGCUACUUUUCCCACGGGAUGAUUGUUAAAAUUUCGAAUCUUGCGAACGCGACACUCGAACUCGCGGUGUAUUCUUGCGAUACACCAAAUCCCCUACUCCUUGUACAUAAGUGUGUAUCGCUCGAGUGUGCGUAUUAGCGCGUUGUGGAAUUACAAAAUUUAUACCGCGGACGGCGGUGCUGCUGUUGGAUGUACCCGGUGUACUCAGAAUAGUCCACACAGUAUCGUCGCGCGCGAGUAGUUGAAAGUGUCCUCUCUUCCUCCCUCUCUCUUUCUCUCUCUCUCGUAUUGCGGAAAAACGCAAGAAAGGGGAGAAAAACUCGCCAAUUUCGCGAAGAGAUUGUAAAUGUUAUAUUAUUGCCGUAUCGAUAUAUCGUUUCCUAUUAUUUCCGUAUUAUUAAUUAGACGUUUUUUAUAUUCACGGUUUUCGUCUUUUGCUUUUGAUUUCUUUCUCUCGCGAAUUCCGAGGAGCCACACGCGGCGCCGCGCGCAUCGUCGCGGAAAGGGAAUCACCCAUGGCGCCGCCAGCGUCGUCAUUAGCUAGAUUAAUUACAUGGCACAGCGCAAUGCAAAGGAAGCACACACACACACACACACACACAAUUGAUUCGUCGGAUCUCAGAUCUCAUUGUCACCGCACACACGCUCGGAAAAGCUCGUACCGUACGUUCUCGUAGUUAUUACAGUCACGUCGCCGGAUCUCUCUCUCUCUCUUUCUCGUUCGUAAGACUCGUUCGCGGCCGGGACGGAAGGAAGCGGAUGAAACAGAGAGAAAGAGAGAUAUAUAUAUAUAAACGGGGAAAAGAAUGGAAAUUAAGACGCGCGCGGACAAAUCCGGGAAGAGAAACGUUUUAUAUAAAAAGAAGAAGAAAUAAGAGAAAAGAAAAGAAAAAAAAAUGCGAACAAAAUGAAAUACACAAUUUUUAAAUAUAUUUUUACAUACGUCACAAAAUAUGGAUUUUUCUUUGAGGUUGUCUAUAAUAUAAACUAAAGAAAUUACAACGGUAAAUGUCUAUUAUACAUAUAUACACACACAUAGGAUGGAUCUUACGGCUACAUGCGGCGCUCAAUAUUAAUUAAGUUAAGCGAGACAGUCUGACGUUCACUUUUAAGCUUUAUACAAUACUUGACCACACACACGUGGAAUAAAAUAAUCGGUUCACUUCGUGCUCGUGUUUCAUUGUAGCUGGAUGAAAGAAGAGAAGAAAAACAAAGGAAGAGAAACCGUGUUUUUCGAUCGUAGACCGUCAGACACUGGGGUAAGAGGAGCCGUGUGUAUACGAUUCUUGAUGCGAAGAGCACUGAGGGGGUCUCGAAGGUUUAAGAAGCCUACGGUCGGGAGAAUUUCGGAUCGAGCGGAUUGAGACACGAGAGAAUUCGAGAGCUAAUCGGCUUCCUCGGUGUGAUGUGUCGCACGCUUUUCUUUUUCUUUCACGCCUCUAUUCGCUUCCGAGACAGAAAGAAUACGAAGAAGGAAAGAGAAGAGGACGGAAGGAAACGCGAAAUCCGAGGAGGCCGGAUUAGUCCUCCGGCGUGUAUUCACCGCUGUGCUCAUUUCGAGGAUUGACAACUCCGACUGUAUUGUAACUAGCGUUAGUUCUAUGUACGCGAGUAGUUUGUCCGUUUCGUAGGAUAAGAACGAAAAAGGUUCAUAUUGUGAUUGCAGUUUAUGACGUUUCUUAACAGCGACUUUGCUACCCACUGAGAAACAGAAAAACGGUGAAUAUCCCAAUAUAAUACGGAGCCCGAAUACAUGAAUUUCCGUGAGAGACAUCCCCCCUCUCCCCCGACCGGCUAAAAACGCUCGUCGGCCACGCGUUUUCAGCCUAACAGUUCUCCGCACCACGUAUAUCUCUUCGGCGAUUUUCAUUUUUAUAUAACUCACACAUACAUAAAUACGUAAUAAAAUGUUCUAUCUUUUUAGACAACCGGCGAUUCAUUGCGAUAUUCACACCGCUUGGCGAAAGAAAAAAAAGAAAGAAAAGGGAGGAAAGAAAGAGAGAAUGUGAGAAUCGAAACUAAAGAGAAGUACGCAGCAGGGGCAGAUAUAUAUAUAUAUAUAUACACACGUGUGUGUAUAUAUAUAUAUACACACACAACAUCGUGACGCGUGGUUCAUAUUUAAUUAAUAAGUUUACUAACUUUAAAGUUUUUUUUUUAUACACAAAUACGUAAAUUUAUUGCUAUAACGUUUCAUACACCAUCCUCGACGCAAUUCCUGUUUCUCUUUCUUCUUCUUUUUCUCUCUUUUUCAUUUAUCAUGAGGAAGAUCGUGACUAUGCCGACACGCAGGGGCGAUCGAAAAAGAGAACAGUGUUUGAUCUUAUUGUGACAGUUGACAGUGUACGGAUCGCAUUAACACUUUGACAGAUAGGAAGGUACUUGUCUCUCUCUUUCUCUCUAUAUAUAUAUAUAUAUUGCGCUCAGUGGAAAAAGCUCCGUCUCUAGAUAAAAAGCUUUUUUUUUCGUUUUUAUCUCGUUCCCCGUUUUUUUUCGGUUUAUCUCUCUCUCUCUCUCUCUCUCUCAUGCACGCGCGUAAUGAUAGGUUCGUCGAUCGUGUUCCCAAGGGAUUCUUUAGAUAUGUGUGUAUAAAUGCAAAAAUCCUUCCUGUCGCGCAAAGUAUACGAACAUCGUCCAACGUGUGUUCUCGUAGUUACAUAUCAAGUUCUCUUAUUUAUUUCUCUCGUCUCACUACGACGCAAGCUUCGAUGGCAUAAAUGUUCGUUGAACGAGACUCGACGAUUAAUUUUUUUUAAGGCCUGUUGAAGUAAUUUUGAUAAGCUUCACUCAGCGAUAUUUUCUUUCUUUCUUUUUGCUUAUUUCUCUUUACGUAUUCUCGAUAUGAAAACAAUAUACAUCAACGGUAAAAUGUGCGAAUAUGACGGAUUCUCUCACGUUUAACACGCACGUUAUAACAAAUGUAUACGCGCGCUCUCUCUCUCUCUCUCUCCCUUUCUCUUUCCCCCCCCCCCCCCUUUCUCUCGUCGCGAGUUCAUGAAUAAAUCAAACGAAGAAAUGGA